AUACAGCUGCGCGUGAUGGAGCACCAAGGGGAGCUACUCGUAGGGGUGGUGCCGAAGCUAGCAUGCGACAUGCUACUAGGCCGGGAUUGGACACCCCUCUACAACAUACUGGAGCGAGUGAGGGAUGUGGAGCUAGCCCGUAAAAAGAUGGGGGCCAGCGAAGGGUGGCUAGGCAAGGAAGAAGCAGAUCCGACCAACAUGGAGGGCUCCAUAAACAUCGACCUAAACCGUAUCGCCAGUAGCCGACAGUUCCGGGAGGCACAGAGCGAUGACCCGGAACUCGAAACCCACUGGAGACGAGCCCAGGAGGACCAAGGCGAGGCCGCGUCACCCAGAGGAGAGCAAGCCCAAUACGAGGUAAGGAACCACCUCCUCUAUCACGUACCAGGGCCCAGGCGGGAGGGCCCUGCAGAAGCGCAGCUGGUAGUCCUGAGACAGUUCCACCAGGUGGUCUGGCAACUCGCCCAUGCGAGCCCAGUGGGGGGCCAUUUGGGACAAGAUAAAACCCUGGCCAAGGUGGGACGAUGGUUCUUUUGGCUUGGGAUGGGAGAAGAAGUGGCCCGCCGGUGUGCAGCCUGUCUGGAAUGUCAGAAGACCCGAACUGAGCGCCCUGCUAGGGCCCCUUUGCAGCCAAUGCCGGUCAUGGAUACCCCCUUUGCGAGAAUAGCCCUAGACAUUGUGGGGCCCCUACCCCGCAGUAGUUCCGGCCACCAGUAUGUGCUAGUCAUGGUGGACUAUGCAACAAGGUAUCCCGAGGCCGUUCCGUUGCAAACCGCCACGGCUCCCCAGGUAGCGGAAGAACUGAUAAAAUGGGUCGCAAGAAUAGGUGUCCCUGAAGAGAUCCUGACUAAACAGGGCCGAAAUUUUAUGUCCGGUGUCAUGAAGGUGGUGUGCCAGACCCUGCAAAUACGACAGAUACGAACCGCGGUAUACCACCCCCAAACCAACGGGCUGGUGGAGCGCUUGAAUGGCACCCUGAAGAGGGUAUUGAGGCGGUGCAUUCAGGGAGAUCCACGGAAGUGGAACUUGUUGUUGCCAUUGGUCCUGUUCUCUCUCAGAGAUACCCCUCAGGACUCCAUGAAGUUUUCCCCAUUCGAGCUGGUCCUCGGACACCGCCCGAGGGGAUGGCUGCAGGUCCUCCGAGAAGAGUGGGAGCGGGACCCUGGGGGGCUGCAGGACCUGGCAGGUUAUCGCCAGGCGUUCCAGCAAAGGAUAAGAACGGCCCAGAACAUAGCUCGUGAGAACCUGAGAGACGCCCAGGCGCGGCAGAAGGAGAGGUACGACAACAACACCAGAGAACGGGUCUUCGAACCUGGGCAACGGGUACUAGUACUACUGCCCACAUCCACAAGCCGGUUCCUGACGCAAUGGCAAGGCCCCUUUGAGAUUCUCCGGCGAGUCGGGCCUGUGGACUACGAAGUGCACCAGCCCGGCCAUCACCAAGAGAAGCAAAUCUUCCACGUAAAUUUACUGCGGGAAUGGAAAGAACCAACGGGCUGGGUAACUUUUGUGGAGGCUGAAGGGGAGGAUUUGGGGCCCCAAGGGCAGCAACGAGAGGGGACACUCUCCAACGAGGUACAGCAACUAAUCGGGGUAGGGGAAGACCUGUCGGAACUACAGAAGCAAGAAACAAGGAAGGUAAUUCAGGAAUUCCGGGACGUGUUUCGCAUAGAGCCGGGGUGGGUCCAUGGCGCCAUGCAUACUAUUAAGACGCCUUCCGGGGCUAUAGUGAGGGAGAAAUGGAGGCCCAUUCCACACCACUUGCUAGACGCCAUGCGGGAAGAGGUGAACUCCAUGCUACAACUGGGAGUGGUGAGACCUUCCCGAAGUCCUUGGAGAAGCCCACUGGUCCCCAUACGAAAACCAGACGGGUCACUGAGGCUAUGCGUUGACUACAGAAGGUUAAACGCAUUGGCCACCUUCGACGCAUUCCCCAUGCCCCAGGUAGACAAGUUAAUAGAGAGGAUCGGAGAGGCCCAAUAUAUAUCAACGCUGGAUUUGGCCAAAGGAUACUGGCAAAUCCCAGUGGCACUGGCCGACCGGCCAAAGACGGCCUUCGGCAUGCCCUGGGGCCUAUAUGAGUUCGUGAGAAUGCCCUUCGGGCUACAUGGGGCGGCGGCAACAUUCCAGCGGUUAACGGACCGACUGCUGGCCCCACAUGCAGAAUAUGCGGCGGCCUACAUCGAUGACAUUAUCAUAUACUCGCCAACCUGGACGCACCAGAAGCAAGCCCUCCGGGCCGUACUGUCAGAACUAAGGCAGGCCAGGCUUACAGCAAACCCGCGGAAAUGCGCCUUAGCAAAAAGGGAGACCAAAUACCUGGGAUUCCUGGUGGGUAGAGGCACUAUCAGGCUCCUGGCCGACAAAGUCAAAACGGUGCGGAAUUUCCCAGCCCCUCAAAAUUGCCGUCAGCUCCGAUCAUUCCUGGGGCUGACCAACUAUUAUCGGAGGUUCGUGCCCCACUUCUCAGAACUGAUGGCUCCCUUGACAGAGGCAUUAAAGGGGAGGAAAAAUGGGGCUGUAAGGUGGACAGAGCACAUGGAGCAAUGCUUCAGGAAGUUAAAACAGGCCCUCUGAGAGGAUGUGAUAAUGCAUACUCCUAAAUUCGGGAAAACUUUCGUUUUGCAGACAGACGCCUCCGAAACGGCAGUGGGAGCCGUCCUCACGCAGGAGGAAGAAGGAAUAGAAAGACCGAUAGCAUAUGCCAGCUGCAAGUUGACACCGGCAGAAAAAAGGUGCAACAGCAGCGACUCAGACGAAGCAAUAAAACCACAGAUGUACAAGGCAGACAACUCCCCCGGUGUACCCCGGAAAGGUAAAAUAGGAACGCCCCAAGGCAUCUUGAGGGGGGGGUUGUGUCCCAGGGGAGCAGGGGCACUGGGAGACCCCCGCGGCGGCCAAGGGGUCUGCUUACCUCCCGCAGGGCCAGAGGAGCCGAAGAAACUCCACGCACUGGCGCGGGUCAUCAGCUGGGCGUUUAUCCGGCUGCGGCUGAGCGGCAGGGGCGGGGCACGCCGGCCAGGACAAACAAAAGGUGGCCCCACCGAGGCAGCAGGGCGGCUGAAGGGAGAGAGCUGUACCACGGAGCCCCAGUGAGCAGGGGAUCAGCCGCCACCUGGAGAGUGCAGGACGACGCAGAGAGAAGGCAGAGCCGGCUGCGAGCAGCGCGGCGGAGCACCCGAGAGUGAGACGACGAGGGGAGAAGUCAGCCCCGUAAGUGGGGCAACAGCCAGCAGGGAACCCGACACCCGAGGCGACAGGAGGCGCGACAGCAGCGCCGAGAGUGGGGCCAGCUGCAUCCCGCACUACGGAGCUGACGGCGCGGGUAACCGCGGCAGGGACUACUGGAGAAGCAGAGAGGCCAUCUGCAUCCCAGGGAAGGAGGGACCAGGUCAGUAUCCUCACUGGGAGAGGCAUACCUGGUCCGAAGACCGCUGGUAGUGGCUGGGGGGGACUGAGCCAAGAGAGGAUGAGACUAGGACGGGUUGGAGGCCAGGAUAGGAAGACCUAAGGUGGUGUAUGGCCGGGGUGUAGGGGAGGACGGAGCCCUGAGAGUACCCGCGAAGAAGCGCGCCGGCACCGGGGGAUACCCCAAGGGAAGACCCCCCCCACUGAAAGAGUCAUCAAGGUCGUGGCAGGCGAGUUCUGGGGUUCCCCCUUUAUACUAGACGGGGUAAACCCUGGGGCAUACCAACGAAGCCCGGGUGUGCAAGAUCUCGGGUCCGGGCGAAGGCGGUGCGCGAACUCCUGAUCGAAUGGAGACGGGUACACCAGCUCUGGUCUACGUCCUGGCAUUAUUUUCACAGAAUAUCCAUUUGGGAUUGAAAAUGAU